AUGCCGCCUCCAACGAAAAAGCGGAAGUUCAUCGCGCUGGAAGAUAAGGCUGCAAUCAUCGGUGAGGUGGAAAAGGGCAGGAAAAAAAUGGACAUCGCCGAAGAAUUCGGCAUUGCUUGCAGCUCGCUGUCCACGAUUCUCAAGAACAAGGCCUCCAUUCUUGGUGCGCUUGAAAACGGCGCGAGUGCAAGAAAGAAAACCGUGGCGGCUGCAGCGUUCCCGGACGUGGACAAGGCGGUGAUCCUGCAACAGAAGGCGCUGGACUUCGCUUGUAUGCUCAGCCACGACAACUUUAAGGCGAGUCCCGGCUGGCUGAGCCGUUUCAAAGCUCGCCACGACAUCGUAGCCAAAGUCAUCUCCGGGGAGGCAGCAGCCGUCGACUCGGUGACAACGUCGUCGUGGCUGCUGAGCAACAAGGAACUGCUCAGCCAGUACAAGCCCUCAGACAUCUAUAAUGCCGAUGAAACGGCACUAUUUUAUGAAAUGCUACCAUCCAAGACCUUGGACUUCAAAGGCCAGAAGUGCCAUGGUGGCAAACACAGCAAGCGGCGCGUGACGAUUUUAUUGUGCGCCAAUAUGGAUGGCACAGAUAAACGGCCGCUGCUCGUUAUUGGCAGAAGCAAGAAGCCCCGCUGUUUCAAGGGGAAUCGCAGGCUGCCAAUGAAGCGCCCCACUGACGUGGACAUGUUCAUGGCGCUAGAGAUGAUCGCCGCCGCAUGGAUUGCGACGAGUCCAGCCAUGAUAACCAAUUGCUUCACACACGCCGGCCUUGUCACACCGCAGGCAUCAUGCGCUGAUCCAGCGGAGCCGGAAGAAGGUUCACCUGUAGGCGCACUUGAUGACGGUGACAGCGCAGUGCCGCCGUCACUGACCAGUGCAUGGGGCGAACUUUGUGCCGUGGCAAACGAGAUUCCCGAUGGCCUCAGCGUCCAUGAGUUCGUUUACGCGGACGAAGGCGUCGUCGUGCACGAGGAAGUGACUGAUGAAGCCAUCAUCAGUAGCGUGUGCGAGGCGGGCGAUCCCGAUGAGCAACGACCGGAGCAGCCAGAGAAAACAACAAGCCCGCAGGAUGUGCUGAAUGCCUUCGACACAAUUCGCUCGUUUUUCGGCGAGCACGACGACGACGUGGCGAUGGACCAUUUCUUACAGUCCUUGUACAUCUGA